GUCGUGAGCUGGGUAAGUUAGCGGUGUGGUCAGUGGUGGUCAUCUCAUCGUGGAUCGGUUCGGACUUUUGUAAUUCUCCCCCGAUCGCGACAAAUUAUUCUCCGGUCCCUCUUUCAUCUUUGCGCGGGGAGGGAAGAUCGAUUCCUUCGUCGUUCAUCGACCGCGCACGCGGGAGACGAGACGACUGGGGACGACGCGCGAUUGACAGUUGAAACGCGGGGACGGCCAGGUAGAUUGACACCCUUAGGUAGGAUCCAGUGGGUGGACAACGGUGGGUCGUAGAUCGCCGCGAUGACGGCCGAUGGGUGGUACGGAUUAACACUUCGCAACAUGGGAAUGGCUUACACGAGCGGGUAUUCCGUAUCAUAGAUUCGAUAACAUCAGCGUUUUACUCGCAUACCUGCCGUAAGAGUUUAUCUUAUUUGAUUUCUCUUUACGAUGGUCGAAUUGGAGCGUUCGAUAUUUCGGUACUCCUUCGAUCCAUAAUUCCUCCGUUGUACGAUACCGUUAUCCGAAAUCGCGAAUAGAAAUCACGGUUCGAUCCCUCGGUUUUUAACUCCCCCCGAUUUGAUUUCUUCGUCACCAGAUAAAUCCCAUCGCGAGGCCAUCGGGAAUCGAUCACCGUGACCUAACCUAAGCUAACCUUGAAGGCGUGAACUAUCGUCGUUAAUUGCUCGAUCGCGAGAGACGCGAGGUUCUAACGUGGUACCGUUCCGAUUACUGUACGUGCAACAGACACUGCUCUCUCCAAAAUGUCCACUCCUCAGACUCCAGGUAUGGACCCCUGGAUGAUCCAGCCUAGAGAAAGAUUCAGAUAUCAAGAACAAUUUGAUUCAUUGAAACCAAUCAAUGGAAUUGUCACUGGUGAACAGGCAAAAGGAUUCCUCCUUAGAUCUCAACUACAGCCUGCUAUUCUCGGACACAUAUGGGCAUUAUCAGACACAGAUGCAGAUGGAAAGAUGGAUAUAAACGAAUUCAGUAUCGCAUGCAAGUUGAUCAAUUUGAAACUGCGUGGUUUCGAAAUUCCCAAAGUACUGCCACCUGUUCUUGUACAGAGUUUGAAAUCUUUCUCAUCCGGCGACACUAGCCAGACUGGAUUAUCAAAUGGUUCUACUGCUCCAAGUAACGUUAGCUCUCUAGUAAAUUUAAGCGGACAUCAACCAAUAGUAUCUCAAACCAUUGCAAGCACUGUUCCUACGGCUGGAAGUACCCUUAUAGGAAAUAAUUUUACGGCAACGACAGGUGGUGGUCCGCCACCUAAACCAGCACCACCUUCAUUUCCAAAUAGUCCUACAGGAAUCUCGUCAAUGAAAGUUACGACUUCUGUCGUUGGUUCUGCAAUUGUUUCUGCGUCCCCAUCGAUGCCUGCCCCUGGAAUAGGUAUCCCAUCAGUAGCACCUAUCGCCCCUUUAAACACAACUCCUGUACCAAUGGCUGCCUUUAAUAUGGCACAACCAAUGCCAACACAGCCGUUAGGCAUGGUUAGUGCAGGUAUGGUUGCUCCUAUGACUGGCAUUCCUAGUAUGGUACCAUCCAUUGGAUCAAUAAAUACAGGUACUGGAGUUUCUCCAUCAGUAGCAUUACCGUUAGUAUCCACGACAGCAAAUGGAACAUUGGUCAAUGGUGCAAUCACACAAACGCCAGUAUCUACGAAUACACCUUUGAGUACAACAGCACGUCCACCGAGUAUAGACAGAGUAGGCUCCAUAGAUUCACAGCACAGCCAGCAUUCCGUUGGCUCUCCACAGUCUGUGGAAUGGGCGGUACCGCAUCAGACCAAAUUAAAAUAUACUCAGCUAUUUAAUACUUGGGACAGAACGAGAUCUGGCUUUUUAUCUGGGCCUCAAGCAAGAAAUAUCAUGGUGCAGUCGCAACUGCCACAAUCUAUACUUGCUCAAAUAUGGGCUCUAGCUGAUAUGGAUUUGGAUGGACGUUUAGGUUCUGAAGAAUUUGUACUUGCAAUGCAUCUUUGCGAUAUUGCUAAAGCCGGCGAAAAAAUACCUACAACGCUUCCACUAGAACUUAUCCCACCCACAUUUAGACGGCAACGUCAAAGCAGUUUAACGCUAUCUCAAAAUGCAACAGAAAAUAUUGAUCCAUUAGCGGGCAUGCCACAGACUUCAUUUGAAGAUAAACGUAAAGAAAACUUUGAGAAAGGUCAAGCGGAAUUAGAACGUAGGCGUAAAGCAUUAUUAGAAAUUCAGCGAAAGGAACAGGAAGAACGGGAACGCAAAGAGAGAGAGGAGGCCGAGAAACAAGAGAAAAUAAGACUAGAACAGGAAAGGCGUAGACAAGCAGAAAUCGAGAAACAAAUGCAGAAGCAAAAAGAAAUUGAACAGGAGAAGGAGGAGCAACGGAAACGUGCACAAGAACAAAAAGAGGCAGCACGCAAGGAAAUGGAGAGACAGCGACAAUUGGAGUGGGAACGACAAAAGUCACAAGAAUUGCAAGCACAAAGACAAAAAGAGCAAGAUGUUCUUCUCAAGUUAAAAGCGAGGAAUCAGACCUUGACCAUCGAACUUGGAACACUUAAUGACAAAGUGAAGGAAUUGUCACAAAAGAUUUGUGAUACUCGAGUAGGAGUAUCAGGUGUUAAAACGACUAUCGAUGGUAUGAGAUCAACGAGAGACACGCAGUUACAAGAAAUGGCUGCGUUAAAAAAUAAACUUCGGGAACAAAAUCAAAGAUUAUUAGCAUUGAGUCAAGAGAAAGCACGUAUUGAAGCAAGAAAUAAAAUUAAUGCGGCGCAAGAUGCAGCCGGGCAAGAAGCUAUUAAAAUGGCUUUUGACAAUAAACAAAUUACUCUUAAGCAGAUGAAAGAUAAAAUAGUAGAUUUACAACAGCAGAUUGAUUCCAAAAUGUCCGAUAUUGAAAAUAAUAACACUCAGCUUGAGGAUAUUAAAACACAAAUGAAAAAUCUAGUAGUGGAUUGUAAACAGCUCUAUGUUACUUUUGAUGAAAAGAAGAAAAAAGUAAUCGAACUUCGAUCAGGUAGUAAUGCCUCAGCUGCCGACUUUGCCACAUCCGCAUGGGGCGAUAGUGGUUGGGGAGAUGCACCUGCUAGCGACACAGCUUGGCCUGUCAACGACACUACUGCAAGCUCAGAAAAUGAGGCUGCAGUUAUAGGUGUCCGCAAAUACAGAGCCCUUUAUGAAUUUGUAGCGCGAAACCAAGACGAAAUAUCAUUUCAGCCUGGUGAUAUUAUACUAGUACCACCUGUACAAAACGCUGAACCGGGAUGGAUGGCGGGAGAAAUUCGUGGUCACACUGGGUGGUUUCCCGAAUCUUAUGUGGAGCCGGUGGAUACUGGUGCAGCUGAUUUGGACAAUGAACGUACUUUCAUACAACAAGACAGUGUAGAAAAGAGAACGUUAGAAGGAAUAGCGGAAGUUCCCGAGAACGUAUCCGAUGCAGGAUCAUUAGGGGGAGAAGCCCCAGUAGUAGAAGCUAUUAUACCUACUGUAGGAUUAGGUACAUUUUGCGCUAUACAAGUCACAACUUUGUUUCCUUAUCGACCUACUAUGGAGCAACAUCUUUCCUUUGAAAAAGGAGAAACUAUCAAUGUUUCUGAACAACAGGAUGACUGGUGGUACGGUUCAGUCAGCACUGGAAAUAAGGGUUGGUUUCCCAAGUCGUACGUAAAAGAAGUAAUUACAAGCACGAAAGACACUGCUGCUGAAGGUCUUAACGAAUAUUACGCUGCUCUAUAUCGAUAUGAAUCGACUGAAGCCGGCGAUCUUAGUUUCAAUCAAGGGGAAGUUAUAUUAGUUACGAAAAAAGAAGGCGAAUGGUGGACCGGUUGUAUAGGGAACAAAAGUGGGAUUUUUCCAUCUAAUUACGUAGAAAAGUGCAACGUUCCCAAUCAGGAUGUGUCUUUGUCUACUAACGUUCAAUCCACUACUGUUGCUGCAACUGCGGAAACAAAGAACGAAACUGAUACUAUGGCGACUGUAAAAUCUCAAGCAGAGAAAACGGCAGAGCAGUUAGAAGACGAGAGAGCAGCUGCUGAAGAUAGAGCGGAAUUACCAGACUUUACUGCUAUGGCUGCUCAGCAGAGAGGAAGAAAACCAGAAAUUGUUCAAGUUAUUGCACCCUAUCAAGCAACGAGUUCAGAACAGUUGGACUUGCAAAGAGGACAAUUAAUAAUGAUUCGUAAAAAGACUGACAGCGGUUGGUGGGAAGGAGAGCUUCAGGCGCGCGGUAAAAAGAGGCAGGUUGGUUGGUUCCCAGCAACUUAUGUUAAACCCUUAACUAGUAGUAGUAAUAGAAGUACACCUGUCUCACAUGGAUAUCAAGAUUCUCCAACGGAUCCAAAUAUUGAGCGUGUUAUGGCUCUGUAUCCUUAUCAGGCACAAAAUGAAGAUGAAUUAAGUUUUGAAAAAGGUGACGUUAUAUCGGUACUUGCUAAGGAAGAAGCGUCAUGGUGGAGGGGCGAAUUGAAUGGUGUAUCAGGCGUCUUUCCGAGCAACUACGUAUCACCUAUGUCGAAUGAAUUGAUGGUAGAUACAAUGAUGUAUCAUAAUCCCAUGGAGAGAAAACGCCAGGAACAUAUCAAAGAGCUAAUCGUGACUGAACAUGCUUACAUAGAAGACAUGAGAUUAGUACAUGAGGUAUUUGAGAAACCGUUAAUUAAAAGUUUAGUCCUAAGUGUUGACGAGAUAGAGAGGAUAUUUAUCAAUUGGAGAGAUAUUAUUGCGUGUAAUGACAAUUUUUUGAGGACUUUAAGGAUACGAAGAGAUAACAGCUAUAAUGGAGUAGUUCGAAUGAUUGGCGAUAUACUGUGUGAAAAUAUACCUAGGAUGUCAGCUUACAUAAGAUUUUGUAGCUGCCAAAUAUCUGCUGCAAUGUAUCUACAACGUUUAACGGAGACUUCGUUAGAAUUUGUUCGAGUCGCACAGGCAUGUCAACAAGACCCGCGGACGAAAGGAAUGCCGCUAAGCUCAUUUUUAAUUAAGCCGAUGCAAAGGAUAACAAAGUAUCCGCUCAUCAUUAACAAAAUUUUAGAGUAUACGCCGAUAGAUCAUCCUGAUAGGCAGUAUCUGCAGGAAGCAUUAGCCAAGUCCGAGGAGUUUUGUACUCAGGUAAAUGAAGGCGUUAGGGAAAAAGAAAAUAGCGACAGACUGGAAUGGCUACAAUCGCAUGUUAUAUGUGACGGACUUGAAGAACAGCUUAUUUUUAACUCCUUGACGAAUUCCUUAGGACCACGAAAACUGAUACAUUUCGGUAUACUUCAUAAGUCAAAAAGUGGUAAAGAACUCGUCGGCUUCCUCACGAAUGACUUCCUACUAUUUGUCCAACCAAUAAAAUUCUCCUUGAACUGUCAACAAUUUUCAUUUGAACGUAAUGAGCAUCAGAAGUUUAAGAUGUACAGAAAGCCGAUAUUUCUCAAUGAAUUGUCUUUGUUUGGACAAGGCGACGGAAACAGUAGUCUGAGCGGAAGUGACGUAGCGGAAAAUUUAUCAAAAACUCUAAGACUGAAAGAUCAAAAAAAAUUUAUAAUAUUGUUAGCACCGUCUGCAAAUGAAUGUUCACUGUGGUCGAAACGAAUUGUAGAAGCACGUAGGAGGUUUUUGGAGAACGAGAAGAAUUGCUUGCAAAGACAACGAUCAAAACAGGCGCAAUUUGGGGCGUGCGGCAGAAUUCUCGUCACUGUACUCGAAGGUUUCAACUUGAAAGCUCCGUCCGGAAAGUGUAAUGCAUUCUGCAAAGUGUCUAUGGGCUCUCAAGAAGAAAGAACGAGUGUCGUAUCCGGAAGCGAUUGUCCUUUGUGGGAUGCUUCAAUGCAAUUCCAAGUAAAAGAUCUGAUCGAGGAUACCCUUUGUAUUACCGUGUUCGAUAAAGGGUAUUACAGUCCUGAUGAGUUCCUUGGUCGCGCUGAGAUUAGAGUAGCCGACAUAAUGAGAGACAGCAAAAACUCUUGUGGACCAAUUCAAAAGAGGAUCAAGUUACAUGAAGUAGAAAGCGGUGAAGUCGUUCUCAAGCUUGAUCUUCGACUGUUUGGAUAAGAUGUAAUAAGAACUUCUAAUCUAAAGUAUGCAUUUAUAUAAAAAUUUAUAUAAGACUUAUAUCCUAAGUACGUAAUAGAGAAAAAAGUUCGCGAAAUAAAAAAAUGCCAAAAAUUAA